AUGACAACAUACCAACAAAAAACGAGUGGCAAAUGUGUUGGGUGUGUUUAUUGUUUACUCGCAUUAAGCAUCUUUAAUUCGGUUGUUUUUACCUGUGAUUUCAUUUUCAUUAAUCGCCGAGACUAAGGUGCACCGUAUAGUAUUGUUCGUUGUUCCCUGUGUAUGUAAUAAGUUUAUUAUAAGUACCGUGUGUUGUGUUCUGCCGUGUCUUAUUACGUAUAGAGUAGUUGCGGUAGACAAAAUAAACAAGAAGUAGAGUGAACGUAUAAAUUGUAAAUAAUUAGAAAGUUUUCAAAACGCCGAUUGUCUUGUCCAGCAGUGAGCGAAAGUAUGCACACAAACAUUCCGCAUAAUAUCGUUUUUUAAGCAAUUAGCAUCGCAAUGGCAACCGAAAAUGGUCUUAAGCAACGAACAACGACCGGCAGUAAAGAAAAUGGAAAUUCCACAAAGUCAUCAUCAUCAUCAGUAUCGAAACAACCGGACCCAUCCAAGACACAUCCGACCGUGUACAUAGUGUUCAUAUCGCUGCUGUUGGAUUUGCUAGCAUUUACCAUGAUUUUACCACUACUUCCGUCCUUAUUAGAGUAUUAUCGUUUAAAUGAUAAAGCUGGUCUUUAUCACACCCUGUCCACUAGUGUAAGAUUUUUCCAAGAAUUGGUCGGAGCGCCGGAUAAAUUCAAUUCCGUUCUCUUCGGCGGCUUUUUGGGAUCAAUGUUCAGCUUCUUGCAGUUCAUCGUUAGUCCAAUAGUCGGCGGAUUGUCCGACUGUUAUGGAAGGAAACCGGUUAUGAUGGUAUGCCUGGUCGGUAUCGCUGCCUCAUACGGCAUCUGGGCAUGGUCUUCAAAUUUUGCCAUCUUUGUAUUGGCUCGUUUCGUUGGCGGAUUGAGCAAAGGGAACAUUUCACUUAGUAUGGCGAUCAUCACCGAUGUGUCGAAUGAGAAAAAUCGCGGCAAAGGAAUGGCCUUGGUCGGCAUAGCGUUUUCGUUAGGCUUCAUUAUUGGUCCGAUGAUUGGAGCGAUAUUUUCGAGAUACUCGGACAAAACGAUGGAGACGUGGUUCUGGUUACCAGCAAUUUUUGCUAUGACAUUAGCCACAGCGGAUCUGCUCUUUGUAGCCGGUUGUCUAGAGGAAACUCUACCAAAAGAAAAACGUGCCAAACAUGUUGUUAAUUCAGUGUCUCGUGCCAUGGAACACGUCAGUGUGCGAUCAUUGUUCAAAUUCGAUGCGGUGAAAAGCCUCUCUAACGACAAACUACAAUCACUGCAGUCGCUGGGACUCAUCUACUUUCUGUACUUAUUCAUCUAUUCGGGUCUCGAAUUCACGGUCACAUUUCUGAUGUACCACAAAUUCGGCUACACAUCAAUCGAUCAAGCAAAAAUGUUCCUAACGACCGGCAUUGUAAUGGCCUUCCUACAAGGUUCCGUUGUCCGUCGACUACCGAGCGCACGAACACAAAAAUCGGCCGUUUUCGGUUUGGUUUUGAUCGUUCCGGCAUUCAUUUUGGUCGGUAUAGCCAGCGAUGGUAAACUAUUGUACGCUGGAAUGAUCCUGUUCGCCAUAUCCACAGCAUUCGUCGUGACGUGCAUGACAACACUAGUGUCCGAAUACGGGCGAAGUGAUCAGAAAGGAACGGUGCUGGGAAUUUAUCGGUCACUAGGUGCCUUAGCCAGAGCUCUUGGACCAAUUGCUGCCUCAAUAGCAUUUUGGAGCGUCGGUUCGUUAGCCACAUACGUAUUGGGUGGUUUCUUGCUGCUGGGUCCAGCUCUAAUGCUCCACCGGCUACGGUUAGCUUAAGUAUUAUGCAGAUGAGAAAAUCCAUCAGCAAUAGCCAACACUACAUUCCGAUGCAUUCAAUGCACAAAACUAAUUUAUUUUCGCGACAUUUGUCUCAUCAGUUUUCAGUAUUUUCUUAUUUUCUUACAAAUAAAACUUUGGAAUAAAAGUCAAUGUUGAACUUACGU